AUGGACGGUUAUUCGCGCGGACGUCAGCUAGAGCAGGAGCUAGCCGCUGAAGAGCACGAGGAAAAUCUACCUCAGCUUAGACUGCAAUGGCAGCAUCUCACUGAGAUGCUCGACAUCAAGCUGGCGAAAGUCCCCGCGCGAUUGUUCGCUGAUGGGCGCAAACCAACAAUUCACGACAUCAUCAGCUGCAGGUAUAAUCGCUAUGAUCUCACAUUCAGAGAUAUCACACUCACGCACCCUGACGUGUGUUUCCCGGCGCACAUCCCGAGGCUCUGCACCCUCGUGGACCUCUUCGAACGAUACGAUGACAUUGAAGCCCACAAUUUCAAACCGCGCAAGCUCGACGGGCGUGGACAAGCCGAUUAUCUUGUCUGGUACUGGCAGCUUGACCAAGACCACUCCUUCUCGCGAAAACACCCCCAAGUCAUGGCGAAUGUCCUACUGGCGCUCAUGGUCCAACGCGAAGAGGACGUAACCCGUGACAUGUCUCUAUGGGCCGACCAGCUCGUCAAAGCGUUCAUGUACUACAACUUCCGCGUCCCAAAUACGGGCCCAACAGAAGACUUCCUUCAAAUGUGGCGCAAUAGCAAUUGGGAUCUGAUCAAGUUCGGGAGUACGAAAAUCAAGCUUAUCAAGCAUAAGCUGGCACAGCUGAGGGCGACCAUUCCGAAGACACGUGAGGAAGCUCAGAAGUUUUUGCAGAGUCACAUAGACGAAGCCAUACAGAACCCAGAUGACAGUACCUACGCUCUAUGGUUCUUCCUGGAGUCGGAUUGGGAGAUGAAUGAGACGGACAAAGAGGCGAAGGCACGCUUUGACUCUGACACGGAUGCCCUUGCUGACGCCUUCGCUAUGUCCGGUGUCACCCACGAUAUGCCUGCCUACUUCACUGUUGCCGACCUCGAAAAGCCCUUGGUAAAGGCACUGGCAGAGCCGACCCGGAAGGGACUUGACCAUCCGUGGAACCGUCACCCUGGACCAAAUCCCGUUCGCGUGGAGUGGAUGGACCAGAACCUUGCGCUACAAGCCAUCCUCGGUGAUCGCCUUGAUGUUCUCCUUGCUUCGCUGUACCUCUCUAUCGGAUUGCGGGCCACUGAAGCUGCAGUCACGGGCCGUCCCAUGCCGUUCACCGAGGAAGAUUGGGAUUAUUAG